AUGGACGGGAGAGAGAACGUUACCGAGGUCACGUUACCUGCUUUCAACCUAACCAUCACCAUGCUACCCCUCGUUCCAUACGACGACGACGACAACGACAACGACUCUGACGACCAAAGCGAGGGUAAAGUAUCCAAUCACAAGUCAUCACAAUCCUCUCGUUUUCCUGCUCCAAAACGCCCUCAGAAAGCCCAAGUCAUCAUCCGCCGUCCAACCCGUGCACCCGUCUCCGUCCGCGACCCACCAAUUCCAACACCGCCUGCUAUACCCCCCUCAGAUGGCAUCGACCCAUCCUACUCUGAGCCCCAUCCCCAAGAUGACGAGCUAUCUCGCAUACGCGCCCUCCUCUCCCCAUCACCCAUUCCAGGCGUCGAAAAUUGGGGUAUCCCACCAGAAUCAACAGAACCAUGCGACCCCGCCAUUGCCUCAAAACUAACCCAAUUCCUCUCCCUCAAACACUCAUCAACCCCCAAACACUUCAACGACUCCCUAAUGUCCAACCGCUCCUUCCGCAAUCCCCACCUCUACGCCCAACUCGUCGACUUUAUCGACGUAGACGAGCGCGCGUCCAAUUUCCCAAAGGACAUCUGGGACCCCAACGACGUCAAAGAGGACUGGUUUGCAGAUCACCUCGCUGAAGAACAGAAACAGCGCAUGGAGAAACAGAAUUCCGCCCCUGUAAAGCGGAGUCAUAUCGACUUUACGGGAGGAAGAGUCAAGGAGAAGGACAAGGAUCUAAGCUCGACCAAGAAGAUCAGUCGCUUCCAGCCCUACGGUUCAGGGGGAGAGUCGAGAGGCAAGACGAGAUGA